CCUAAAGGCCUGGGCACGAGUAACUAUCUAUCAAUGGCCUUAACGCUUCAUACUUGGGUGACCAUGCAUCUAUGAAUAAUUUUUUUUGUGUAURAAUAAUUUUUUUUGUUUCGUUUUUGUUUUCCAUAAUAGUCGUUCCUUUAUCACAUAAAUAUUGCGAUGACAUCUUUGAUAUCAGUAUUCACCCCCGGUACGAUGCCAACACUGAAGGGACAUAGCCACAACUAAGAGUAAUUUAACCGGUUUGUUUUGAAUGACUGCUGCACUGAAAAAUGAAACCGAAAAACAUCUUAGGAACUGUACAAGAUUACGACUGUAAAGCCUCUUCCUCAACUACAAGACUUUAAAUCGUUGCCGGAAUAUGAAGUCCUCUAUAAAUAAGUUUUUAGUCGUCCUUGACGAACCGAACAAAGAUUUUUCCCCUGGCGACCAAGUUCAUGGGAAAGUUGUCCUCGAUGUUAGGCAGGAAAUCAAAUUGUGGACAUUGAAUCUGGAGUGUCGUGGAGAGGUUUAUGUCUCAUGGCCUGAAAACCAUGGCACAUACACACGGUAUCGUUUCGGGAAAGAAGAGUUGUUUCAUGUGAAGGCUCGCGUCUACGGAGACACCGAAG